CAGAUCGAUAGGUGACGCCCUAAACCUUUUCCUCGAGGUUUCAUAUGGAUCAAAACUGUCCUUUGCGGGUUUCCGUACCGUGCGGAAGUCAAAGCUAACGUCGCAUGUUGACAUUGAGGAUCACGUCAAUUCUCUACCGGUCCUUUUACCAUUAAAGGAUUCCCAUAAUGGUGACUGCAAAGCGCCUGGCUGACAUUGGUUACCGGGCUUUUUCUGGCUCGAUGAUGCUGCUGACUGUGUAUGGCGGAUACCUGUGUGCACUGCGAGGAUACCGCUUCAUGCAGAAGCAGAAGCAGCUAAAGCUGGCAGCAGAAAACCAGGAUCCUGAAGUCAUUAAAGACUGAUGACAGAGUGGCUGGCCCGGCCUUUUGUGCACAUGAUAUUUUCCAUUUUUCUUGCUUCGUUAUGUGGGUUUUCCCCCUCUUCUCAGGAUGAUUACGUGAUUUCAUUCUGAUGGAAAUCAUGUCACCUUGAGAUGUUUUGUUUAGAAAAACAUUAGCAAGCAAAUUAACCAAGGGUGUUCUAUUUGCAUCAGCCUUUGUUAAACCCAUGUUGUUUGGCUACCAAAGUGAAUAUGGCUGUAAUGUUUUGUAUCAUAUUAAAUAUGCCUUCAACCACA